AUGAAUUGCAGCACGCCAGGCCUCCCUGUCCAUCACCAACUCCUGGAGUUCACUCAAAUUCAUGUCCAUCGAGUCGGUGAUGCUAUGGAGAGUGGAAAGCCUGGUCCAGUGCAGGUUGUUUUGGUUCAGAAAGACCAACAUUCCUUUGAGCUAGAAGAGAAAGCCUUGGCCAGCAUCCUCUUACAGGACCACAUCCGAGAGCUUGACGUGGUGGUGGUGUCAGUGGCUGGUGCCUUCCGAAAGGGCAAGUCCUUCUUUCUGGACUUCAUGCUACGAUACUUAUAUUUCCAGAAGGAAGGUGGCCAUUCAAACUGGUUAGGUGACCCAGAAGAACCGUUGACAGGGUUUUCAUGGCGAGGGGGCUCUGACCCAGAAACCACCGGAAUUCAGAUCUGGAGUGAGGUUUUCACUGUGGAGAAGCCAGGUGGAAAGAAGGUUGCAGUUGUUCUGAUGGAUACCCAGGGGGCAUUUGACAGCCAGUCCACUGUGAAAGACUGUGCUACCAUCUUCGCUCUGAGCACCAUGACUAGCUCUGUUCAGAUUUAUAAUUUGUCCCAGAACAUUCAAGAAGAUGACCUUCAACAGCUGCAGCUCUUCACAGAAUAUGGUCGUCUGGCAAUGGAUGAAAUUUUCCAAAAACCCUUCCAGACACUGAUGUUCCUGGUUCGAGACUGGAGUUUCCCUUAUGAAUACAACUAUGGAUUACAGGGAGGAAUGUCAUUUUUGGAAAAGCGUCUACAGGUAAAAGAGCAUCAGCAUGAAGAAAUUCAGAAUGUCCGGAAUCACAUCCAUUCCUGUUUCUCCAGCGUCUCCUGUUUUCUGCUACCACAUCCGGGACUCCAGGUGGCCACAAGCCCUGACUUUGAUGGCAAAUUGAAAGACAUUGCCAGUGAAUUCAAAGAACAGUUACAGACACUGAUACUGCAUGUAUUAAACCCAGCCAACUUAAUGGAAAAGGAGAUCAAUGGCUCAAAAGUCACCUGUCGGGGACUGCUGGAAUAUUUUAAGGCAUAUAUUAAAAUUUACCAAGGAGAAGAUCUCCCUCACCCCAAAUCCAUGCUUCAGGCCACUGCUGAAGCCAACAAUUUAGCAGCUGCAGCCUCUGCCAAAGAUGUUUAUUACAACAACAUGGAAGAGGUUUGUGGGGGAGACAAGCCUUAUUUGUCUCCAGACAUUCUAGAGGAGAAGCACUGCGAAUUCAAACAGCUUGCUCUGGACCAUUUUAAGAAGACGAAAAAGAUGGGUGGGAAGGAUUUUAGCCUUCGUUACCAGCAGGAGCUGGAGGAGGAGAUCAAGGAACUCUACGAGAACUUCUGCAAGCACAACAGUAGCAAGAACGUCUUUAGCACCUUCCGAACCCCCGCAGUGCUCUUCACGGGCAUCGCGGCUCUCUACAUUGCCUCCGGCCUCACUGGCUUUAUUGGUCUUGAGGUGGUGGCCCAGCUGUUCAACUGUAUGGUUGGACUGCUGUUGAUAGCGCUUCUCACCUGGGGGUACAUCAGGUACUCUGGUCAGUAUCGUGAGCUGGGCGGUGCUAUUGAUUCUGGUGCAGCGUAUGUAUUAGAGCAGGCCACCUCUCACAUCGGUAAUUCCACUCAGGCUGCUGCAAGGGACGCAGCUGCUGGGAGACCACCCUCGGAUAAAAAAGCUCAGUAGCAUCCUGAUGAGAGGAUCGGACGAGAACCCUUCUAGCUCCCUCUGAUUUCUGGGCU